AAAUGUUACCAAAAAAAGAUUGCUGUUUUACUUACGCAUAGAAUCCGUUUUGUUCCUCUUAUAUAAUAUCAUAUAAUGUAAUAUAAAUUACAUUGUAAUAAGUAAAAUAAUUUUAAUAACUACAGCUGCAGAUAUGUAAUAAAUUAAAUUAGUUUAUUAUUGACAGUAUCUAUUGUAAUAAAAAUAAAAACUAUACGUGUUAUUACUAUUAUUAUUAUAUAAUUGCGGCAGCUAAUGAAUUAGUAUGUAUUACUCUGAAUAAAAACAUCGCGUCCUUUUAAGUAUUCUUGUUGCUAAUUUUAGACUCUUACUAUCAGUGUUAUUUGAUAUAUGUAUAUGUAUAUGUAUUUGUUUUUGUUUUACUUUUAAUGUCAGCAUAUUUAUUUUGUUCAUAUUUUUUGGGUUAAAAAUUUAAUAACAGUAUCACAUGCACCACCCAAAGCCCAGUGCGCAGUCAAGUAAUUUCGUAGUAUGUGUGGUUGACCUAAUUGGCAGUGCUAAGCUUAUUUAGUUUAUCUUGACUAUCAUUUAUUUUUAUUUAUUUAUUAUUAUUAUUUUAAAUCUUCAAAUUUUCAGUUAGAUUAAUAAUAUUGCCUUCAUGGGCUUUUAUUCAAACAUUGCCCAAUAAUCUGAAAAUACACUCAGGAAAAAAGGAACAGUUCUGUCACUGGGGCGGUACCCUAAAAGUGAGGAAGGUAAGGAAAUCUUUGUACCUUACCUACCACAAAACAGUGCAUAUUAGUAUUUUAGUAUUUUGAAAGUAUAUAUUGCUACCUUAAAGGUACAUAUUAGUACUUUAAAAGUACAUAUUACAAAUAUUUUACUUUGUACCUUAGGGUACCGCCCCAGCGACAGAACUGUAUCUUUUUUUUUUUCUGACAGUGUAUAGUAUUGACUUUAAAAAUGGUGAAAUCACAGUGAUUUGGGAUGGUAGCUUGAGAAGCACUUGAAUUAAGCAGUUCUGCAAGGGGAGGAGCUUGCCCGUGAACCCCAGUCUCUAUUGAGCUAGCAGCAGAAGGAAACGUACGUACGCCAUACUGGUCGAAAAGCCAUUAGUAAGGGACACUGUUGCCUUGGCCCAAAAUAUGCUCCAGCAAUGUCAUACUCUGACAAAUUCUCUGCGGUGAUUGUCACACUGUCUGAGGGGAAAUCUUUCGAUAGAUCAGGUCUAAAGGAUCCUUUGCGUGGGGCGUACGGAGGCUCACGUCCUAACCUGGACUGCCAAGUCCAAAAAAGCGGGACCACCCCAGCGUAUUCGAUCGUGCUCCAGACAGUAAAACAGAUUCAGACAUCCCCGGUUGAGUAAGCCAUGGCUUUGCCGCGUCACCAGUUUCUCCAUGGAGCUGUGAACUGGGAUGGAGAGCACUUGAGGACCGUCCAUGUCAACGCGUGCCCCAUCAGCGCUUCAGGUCGAAAAGAGGACCCCUUCUAUUUUUCUCUGGACCCGACAAGGCAAUCCAUACAGCCUCUCGACAUCUCCGCAUUCAGCAGAAUCAUGACAGAUAUGAGCUCUCUGAACGGUACUGACAACCAUCGGCCAGAACCGUCUUUUUACUCCGGACACAAACUCUUAUCACUUAAUGCCGACAUGGAUCCAGAGAGUCCGUCGCACUCUUCCCAGUCAAAUUCCCAAAAGCUGCACAGUCUAUCUUUCUCCGCGCCUUCCUGUUCAGAAACAGACAAUAAACCCGAAACGCAUUAUUUACCGAUGGAAAGCACCAAAUACCCAAGCCAGUGGAGUGAAAGCAGAACCAACGGGAGCAUCAUCACUACAUUGAGCAUCAGUCAAAGAAGUAGAGACGACACAGAGCCAAAUAAUCUCCAGACAGACUUUACCGGGAGCGAUAAAACUCACAGAGAGAGAACGCAAGACGUGACUUUAGAAAACGCUGCAAAUGGCUGGCUGUCGGCGAAAGCAGGGAGGAAGAAGCGCUGUCCUUACAGCAAACACCAAAUCUUAGAGCUGGAAAAAGAAUUCCUAUUCAACAUGUACCUGACUCGCGAGCGCCGCCUGGAGAUUAGCCGGAGCAUAAAUCUCUCCGACCGCCAGGUUAAGAUUUGGUUUCAGAAUCGCAGGAUGAAACUGAAAAAAAUGACUCGAGAGCACCAGACGAGGGACCCUGGCACAAGUUUCACUGUCUAGUUUGUUAUGUGAGACGGUAAAAAAGACCGAACUCAGCGCACAAAUCAUUGCAGCUAUCAUACGGUGCAAGUGGAUUGAUGCAACUGCUGCUUCUGAUGGAUUAACAGGAGGAAACGAUCAGUCAAAUCUUACUACGGUGUUUCACAAUAUGUGUUCUAUAAGGCAAAUGUAAAGGAGAUAAGAUUUAAUACCUCGCAUGAAGAUGAACAAAAAAGUGUAACGAAAUAAGAAGACACGUCUUUGGCUAUUCAGUGUAAGCUUGUCAUAUACAGGCCCAUGAACACUGUUUACUUAUGUCGUUUAAGUUCUGGUCAACUUUUCAGCGACCUGAUAUUUUGUAAUUUUCGAUAUCUGAACAAUGUUCUCCCAUUAUAUAUGGAUGAUUUUUUUUUACAGGUUAUAAGUGUUAAAGCGGUUGGUUUUUUUAGACUGGACAUAGUGUUUGUAUAUUAGGUAACUUAAAAUAUUUGCGGACACUCCUGAGUAGGAAAAAAAAAAAGAAUCCUAAAAGGGAAUCCAUUAUGAGAGGAGCAGUUACAUCAAGCACAGGUACUGUUGUUUUGUUUUAAAUGUUGUUUGUUGUCUAGUCGUUAUAUUGGCUCGAGUGAAAAGGCACAGAUUUUUUUUCUUCUGCUGAAGCAUGGUUGAAUGUAGAACUUAAACUGUGAUUCUUAAAAUUUCUGUUUAAAAGGAAGUGCAUUUUUAAAUAAAAGAUUGCACUACGUGACCAUAAAACGUUUAUUCAGUAUAGUAAAUACGGUGGUCAUUUAAAUUAUCUUAUCGGCAGUGCUCUAAUUUAGAAUUGUGACUUCUGAAAAAUAAGUAGCUCUAACUUCAACUUUUUAACUAAGAGUUAAUUUUAAAGGAGUAAUGCAAGUUGUUUUUUUGUUUUUGUUUUUGUUUUUUUUAAUUAGGCCUACUUAUUUUUUUUUAUUUUUGUUUCAUACAACUCAAGAAUUCGAUUCAUGACAACCUAUAGUUUGGUGAGACGAAGAACCUGGCAUGAAGAUUUCUUUAGGAUUAAAAUUAAAGGAGAAGGCAAUUGUAACUAUUCCAAAAUUUUAAUUACGGUUUUAAGAUGCUUGCGAGCUAGCAAUUAUUUUAUUUAUAGAUACCUAAAAGAUUUUAGCUACUUGAUUUUGGGUGUAUAAUGGAUUAUAUUAGAAAAAGACAUUUCAGUUUUAUUUUAACAAAAUACUUUGAAAUUCCAUUUGAUUGAUAGAGUACGUAAAGUUCUUGUUUUAACACUAAAUCCAAAAGAAAAGAAAAUGUACUAUUACUUUUUAAAUUUUUAUUAGGCUAUAUAUAUAUAUAUAUACUUAUAUAAUUUUUAAACAGAUGUAUAUGGUAUAAAACAUAUAACGGAAGUGCAUCACAAAUGCAAAUUAUAUUGUUUUUGAGACUAAUUUCUUGUAAAUUCAAAUGGAACUAUUUGAUUUUUAGAAAUUAAGGUGAAGUUAUAUUUACCCAUCUGGGUUCAUUUUACGUUCUGCUUUCAGCUGCAUCAUCUCAAAUAUCUCAGGUAUGCAUUACAAGACCUAUAGCGAAAAAUGUUGUGAGCGCUUUCUGGAGUAACUUAAAUAUGUGCACUAAGAAGAGACAACUGGAUAUAAUGGUAAAGCAUGUGAACGUUAGGUAUGUAUGCUUGAAAAUUUUGUAUGUUAUUUUGCACUGUGAAGGAUUUUUAUUAUUAAAUUUGUAUUGUGUUAUGAGAUGUGCUAUUUUUUUGUAAUUUCAUUUAAGUGAUGAAAUGUAUCAGAUUGCUUUUUUUCCCAUUCUGUCCCAGAGUUUUCGGCGCAUAAGGAAUAUUUCUGAAUAUAUG